AUGGCCAAACAGCCUGGGCUGCCCGUUCCAGAUCCAAUCCAGCGGGUUGGCAGACCUAUAUGUAUGGGCCCAAAACCGACUUGGCAGAAGCAAUGGGCCGAUGCUGCUGAGACCAAAAAGCUUCUGGACAAACUUGUGGUGUUAAAGCUCAAUGGAGGCUUGGGAAAUACAAUGGGCUAUACUGGACCAAAAAAUGUGUUUUCAUUUACGUCUGUUGUUGAAGUUCGUAAUGGUCUUACGUUUCUUGAUUUAAUCGUAAUUCAGAUUGAGACACUCGAUGCCAAGUACGGGUGCAAUGUGCCGCUGCUUUUAAUGAACUCAUUUUACACUCAUGAUGAUACAUUAAAGAUUGUUGAAAAGUAUGCCAAGUCAAAUAUUGACAUUCACACAUUUAACCAGAGCCAAUACACUCGUCUUGUUGUUGAAGAUUUCAAGCCACUUCCAUCCAAAGGAAACACUAGCAAAGAUGGAUGGGCAAAGAAUAUGUCUUUGUGGCCACCUCAGAUAACUUGGGUCACCCCUAAAACACUUGCCGAUGUGAAAGGUGGUACUUUAAUCUCUUAUGAAAGGAAAGUACAGCUGCUGGAGAUAGCGCAAGUUCUUGAUGAACAUGUCAAUGAAUUCAAGUCGAUCGAGGAAUUUUGCUAG